AUUUAAUGCUUAAAUGUGUGUUAAUUUAUAUUAAUUUAUAUCUUUUUCUUCCCAUAUGAUAGCAAUGGGGACAUUAAGAAUUCACCAUAAUGGCACUUUUUGCAUGAGUAGUAGUACAGAUCUUAGGUAUGCUGUAGGCAAAGUACAUGAUGAGGAUAUUGAAUAUCAUCGUGUGACUUUGUUGUACUUAGAGGAGAGGGUAAAAAGCCUCGGAUAUAUGCAUUUUAAGGACAUAUAUUACAAAGAUCCUUAUGUGGAAAAAUUUGGUAAAGCAGUAAAGGUUAUAAAUAGUAAGCAGGAGCUUAUUCACAUGUGGUACCUUUUAAAUGAAAAGAGAAUUAUAGAUGUGUAUGUUGAGCAUGUCUGUGAUGAGCAAGAUAUUUUAGAUUUGCUUGAAGGUGGCACUGUUGUGCAAGAACUAGUUGAUGAAGUUGAAGGUGAUGCUGAUGAAACAGAUGCACUGCAUGGAGGUGAUGCAACCCAACAAGAAGAUCUACAGAACAAUGAUCAUGAUGAUGAGGAGUUGCCUGAGAUUGUGCAUAAUGAUGCAGAUGAUGAGGAUAGUGGGGAAGGCUAUGCACUGCAUGGAGGUGAUGCAGCCCAACAAGAAGAUCUACAGAACAAUGAUCAUGAUGAUGAGGAUUUGCUUGAUAUUGUGCCUAGUGAUGCAGAUGAUGAGGAGGUGCUCGAAUCUAUUUGCAAUAAAAAGAAACAUAAAGCCAGUGCAAGUGCAAGAAAAAAUGCAAAUGGUGCUGGACCAAGCGGCACAGUCCAUGACUCCCCCACCACAAUUAAUGAAGAGGAUGAAAGGGUUCUUAUAGGAACUGAUGACCAUGGAGAUUUGGGUUCUGAUUCCAGCUUUGAAAAUAGUGAAGAUGAAUUUGAGGUUUCUAGUGAUGAUUCAGGUGAGUACAAUGUUGUAGAUGAACAUGAACUUGAAGAAGAAGAAGAAGAAGAUGUAAGAACUACUAGAAGUAGUGAUUUAUGGUUUAAUCCUUCAUGGACUACUAUUUGGUUUGAGGUAGGGAUGAGGUUUGAGCAUGUAGCACAAUUUAAGGAGGCUAUAGCUGAGUACCAAAUUCAAAAAGGCUGUAAGUUGAAACCUGUUAAAAGUGACCCCACCAGGCAUAGAAUUCACUGUGUUGGUCAACAGUGCAAUUGGAGUAUCUUUGCCAGUUUUGAUAAAAAUGACAAGACUUUUAAGAUCAGAAUCAGUGAGAUAGUGAGAUUGUCUCAUUUAGAAUUAGGAGUUCAUGUUUCAAGGGAUAAGUGUAAACUAGCAAAGGAAAGGAUUAUGAGGGAGGUGAAGGAAACUCACACGAAGGAAUUUGCUCAGUUAAGAGGAGGGAAACUAUUGAAGAAAAGAUUUUGGAUUGCUGCAAGGUCAACAUAUGAAGGUCAAUUCAACAAAAACAUGGAGGAGAUCAGAAAUUUAUCCGUAGAAGGUCAUGAUGCCUUAAAAUCAAUCCCACCAGAGCUGUGGUGCAAGGCAUUCUUUGACACAUCAUGUAAAUCUGAUGUGGUGGAUAACAACAUGAAUGAGACCUUCAACAAUUGGAUAAGGGAUGCCAGGUAUAUGCCAAUCAUCCAACUGUUAGAAUAUAUAAGGGUUAAGGUGAUGGUUAGGAUGGCUAAGAACAGAGAAGAAAUCAGUAAAUGGAGAGGAGAUAUAGCACCCAGAAUUAGGAAGAAAUUAGAAGCACAUAAGAUUGAAGCUGCCAAAUGCAGAUGUGAAUGGAAUGGCAAGACCCAAUAUGAUGUUUGGCAUUGGAAUGACAAAUUUGUUGUGGAUUUGAUUGGGAAAAAGUGUAGUUGUAGAGCAUGGGAUUUAACAGGAAUUCCAUGUCCUUAUGCAUUGUCUGCCAUAGGUUUAGGUAACUUCGACCUGGAUGAAUUUGUAUCAAUUUGGUACAAAACGGUUAAGUAUGAAUGUGAAUACAAUGUACCAAUCAUGCCUUGUAAUGGUGAGAAAUUCUGGGAAAAUUAUCAUGGGGAGCCACUAGAACCAUUGCCAUUUAGAUGCAAGCAGGGUAGGAUAAAGGUGAAUAGGAGGAAGGGUGAGAAUGAAACCAGAAAGGUGAAGGUGGGACAGCUAGAAAAGAUGACAAAGGAAGGUGGACAAAUCAUGUGCUCACUUUGCAAGCAACCUAGACACAACAAAAGGGGAUGCCCCAAAAGGCCAACUGAAAGUGAACAAGGUCUGCAAGGGGAGACUACUAUGAGACAUACCCAUCCUAGCCAAUUUCAUAAGGCACAGCCACCUCGGAAAUUAGCCAAGAAGAAGGGAUCAAGUAAAGCUUAAGGAAUGGUUCUUUUUUUUUUUUUUUCUUUGGUUUAAGGUUGCAGAAGGUGUUUUCUGUAGGUAAUAUGUAAAUGCAGUAAAUGCAUGGAAACAAA